AUGGCAUUCAUUGGGUGAGUAUUCGAAUAAGAUUUAUGUUUAUGGGAUCACUCGGAAUGUCAGCCCUCAGGGCCUCAUAAUAAAAAGCCGGGCGGUUCUUUGGAAAUAUUUGUAAAGUUAUUUUAGUAUAGUAAAUUUGCUAUACAGUAUGUAAUAUGUAUAUUAUUUUUGGGUUCCUUCAAAUUUACUCCCCAUAAAUUGUAAGUGGUACCACAUUAGACUAAGUAAUCCACGGGUUUUCAAUCUGUCAUCGGGAUGUGUUUGGCCCACAUUUCCGUUUCAAAUCCGUUUAGACUUUUAGGGAUCUCAAGGUUAAGAACAUUAUUCUGUAAUCUGAUUUCGAGCCCUUCGAUGCCUGCAAGAAUAAGCAAAGCACGCAUCUCCCGGCUGUUUUUUCUAUUGUUUGGUAACUUAUAUAAAUCCCCAUAAAUUUUGAGGCCAUUUCGUCAGCGAGCAAAAGGUUCGAAGUCCAGUUUUAUUAAACCAAAAUGUAUUUCGGGUUCCGUUGAUGUCACUCUCCCUCAAUGUCUGAUAUGUAAAUUCCCACUUCCGCCUACAUAAAUCAUAAGAAACCUUAUGGAUGAGAAGAACUCGAUUCUUCAGGACGUCCAAUAUUUUAUUUCGAAGCCACAAGUUCUGACAUUGAUGGGGAAUGUCACUUUUCGACACUUUUCCAAUCUCCCCCCACCGCUCUAUUGUCAUGAUAAGACCCCUAAGUUGCCCCGCUGGCCGCAUCGGCCAACGAAUCCCCAAGGAAAGUUGGAGCGGGCGGGUGUCUUUCGGUCCAUCCAUAAGUUUAUUAUGGGAUCUGAAGUGGAAAAGAUCCGGAUCCGGUCAGUGUCCAAUCCCGACAGUCCUUUCUCCUACAAUGCAACAUUUUAGAGUGCUAACUUUAUCACUUUUGAGGUUUCCUUGAGGGAAAUCAUAAGUUUUGAAACAGCUGUCCGGACAGCUAUUCAUUACGCGGAAGUUUCCAAAAACGAUGACCCAAUUCCCCCCAGAAUACCGUGGUAUCUGCAGGAUUUGCGGGGAGGAGACGCGUAGCGGGCCCUUUAUAUCUCUUUAUCUCUUCAGCGCCAUGUUGGCCGGUGCCGCAGCUCACGUCAGAUACACCAAGAAGCGGAUCCCACAAAUUAAUCCCAAUUUGACCGGCUCACCGCGUCGUGUUCGUCGGACAACUGUGAGUUCAUUCGGCCCGAAAGUCGAUGUUCUUUAGGCGCAAAUUCUCCUUGUCAUGUCUCACACUUGACGAUUUCAGCAAGGUAGUGAAGAAAUUUUUUUCAACGUUUCCAUACGUUUUAUUUCGAUAUUAACACCGACAUGUUUUACUCUUUCUGUCAUCUUUUUGUCAACCUAUUACAAAUAUUUGCGUUAAUUCUAGUCAAAUAUAAACUGUAUUAUAGCAAAGUCCCCAAAAGAACACGCAAAGAAGAGGAAGUGCCGGGCCGAUCAUUGGCAGCGAUAAGGCCAAGUCAUCAUCCAACGGGAAUAACAACUUCUUGACUGUCCCUUUAGCUGGAACACCGCCGUUGGGAAGGAAACGAGCCGGGUCUGUCCCCGUCAUCAGAUUUACUUUGGUAUGUCUCGGUUUAUCCAUUGUAACUAGGAAACCUUCAUUUGUAAACACACCGCAUUCAUUAAUUAUCGCUCUCUUUAGGCUGUAGCAUGGAGUCUAAAGCCCGACUACAUCCGGGCCCUGAAGAUAACAUGGGAUCGGUUAUGUGACGUUCCACGUGCCAAUUGUCGUGGCAUUCUCGGGAUUAUGGAACGGGUUUUCGAGAAAUUUGAGUCCGUAAGUCCCCUUAUCUAUGUUUCACCAUCACCUACGAAGAAGGGACCCCCUUUUACAAUUGGAAUGUUUUCAUACAUCUUUUUUAUUCUUUCCGAAAGACGAUCAAAAAGAAAGAAAACAACAUUGUGUAACCGGAAGGAGGUUAUUUAUAGAAUCCAGAAGCAGCUUAUAGACUCACCUAAUCUGAUUCUAGAAGGAUAAACACAUCAAGGAAGUCUUCUAUCAAGCAGCUUUCGUUGAUUCGAUGGCUGACACUCAUGGCCGAAGGCAUUCCGACAAGUCGAUUGCCACUCUCCGAGAUCACAUCCAUUUCUUCGUAUCAUUGAUAUCCCAGGUCAUCCAUUCGUUGGAGAAACCGACCACGGACAUUUUCGAACACAUUGACAAGAUUGGUAAGUGCGCAUUCGAUUAUAACACCAAUCCUCAGGUGCCUAUCACUACCACAUGAAAAAGAUCGGCUUCAAAGCGCAGAUGUGGGACACCCUGGGCGUAAUAUUGGUCGACGCCAUUGUUGUGCAGGUAGUUGUGACAUCAGAAAAGGUUACGUAUUAUUGCAGGAUUGUGUGCGCGCUUUCCCAGAAGCGUGUCGAGCUUGGACAUUGAUGGUCGCAGCCCUGAUCGAUCGACUACGAUCAGCGAAGAAGCAAUAUGGAGCUCCGGUCAGCCUCAGACGUUCGACAAUGUUCCUUCAACAUGACUUACCGUUCCGAUGCCCAAGCCCAACCCCCCGAUGCCCCUUAUCUCCAAGACGACGAGGAUCAAUGACCCCAGGCUCCAGUCCUCUGAAAGUCAGCCCGCUUUUGAAGGAACAACAUGCUCUAAAACCUCCCCAAUCCGCUCCUGCAAUAACAAAUUGA